AUGAAGGUGCACCUGUCGCUGGCCUUCCUCUUCGGGGGGCUGUUGUCCGGGGCCCUGGCGCAGGGGACGUCCCCAGCUUCAAGCUCUUCGACUGCAGCCGACCUUACAUCACUACCUCCAUGUGCUUUGGUUUGCCUGAGCAAGGCCAUUGUCGAAUCACCAUGCGCAGCUACGAACCAGACCUGCCUGUGCCUCAAUGCUCAGCUGCAGGACUCUGUCACGAACUGUGUCCUAGCUAGCUGCACGGUCAAGCAGGCACUAUUCACCAAGAAUGUGACAUCUACGAAUUGCCACGCGCCUAUUCGCGAUAAGACGACAGAGUACAACAUUAUUUCCAACACGCUAGGCACCAUCUCAGCGGUCGUGGUCCUCCUCCGUCUGGGUUUCCGGCAAUUCGUCGCCAAAGCCGAGAUUGGGAUGGACGACUGGCUCAUCCUGGCCGCUUUGAUUUUCGGCAUACCGAGUACUGUGCUCAACGAACGAGGUCUCACGGCGCACGGACUUGGCCGGGACGUCUGGACCCUUCCCUUCGAGAUGGUUACAGACUUUGGUCGUUAUCUCUACAUCAUGGAGGUGCUCUACUUUCUGCACAUCAACAUGUUCAAGCUGUCUAUGCUUUUCUUCUACCUGCGCAUCUUCCCGGCACCUGGUGUGCGGCGCACAAUCUGGGGCACCAUCGCCUUCACGACUGUCUUCUGCCUGACGUUCAUUUUCCUCGCCAUAUUCCAAUGCUCGCCGAUCAGCUUCUUCUGGGACAAAUGGGAUGGAGAGCACCAGGGCAAGUGCCUCAACAUCAACGCUAUCCCCUGGGCGAAUGCUGCCAUUGGCAUCUCCCUGGACUUGUGGAUGCUUGCCAUUCCUCUCUGGCAGCUGAGGGACUUGAACCUGCACUGGAAGAAGAAGAUCGGUGUGGCCAUGAUGUUUUGUGUGGGCACCUUUGUGACCGUCGUUAGUAUCCUUCGGCUCUCGUCGCUGGUUCAUUUCGCAAAUUCGGUCAACCCGACGUGGGACAACUGGGACAUCUCCAACUGGUCCACCAUCGAGGUCAACGUCGGCAUCAUCUGCGCCUGUAUGCCGUCCCUGCGGCUGAUCCUCGUCCGGCUGUUCCCCAAGCUCAUGGGCUCGACCCGCCACUACUACGCAAACUACGGCAGCGGCCACGCUUCGCAGAACCAGAAGAGCCAGAGGAGUCAGAGGAGCAGGGUCAAGAAUAUGGGCAACGUCGCCGUCUCGACGACCUCGAGCUCGAACGAAAGGACCGGGCCCAAGGGCAUCGUGUGCCAGAAGACGUUUGCUGUAGAUUAUGGAGACAGGGACAACGACGAGGCGCAGCUGGUGCACAUGAGGGAUCUCAACCUGAAGAGCGGCUCGAGAUCGGAAAGCUCUCUCUAA